CAUUAACAUAUCCAAUUCCGCAACGCUAAAUUGCUCUGGUGCUGCGGCAAAGGCGCAAAAGCUUCACGGCAGUACGACACCACCGUUAGCAGCGCCGCCGAAGGAAAUGCGGAUCCCAAUCCAUGGACUCCACCCGAAAUUUCUUCUCAGAAAAAUUCUCAAUUUACGAUUUUCGCUUCACCCUAAAACCCGGUACUUCCGGAGCCGGGCCGUAAGUCGAGACAACGGAGUACCUACUGGUCUCUAUGGCUUUGAUCACUUGAAGACCGCCAAAGGUUUCCGGCGCUUUGUCGAUGACGCCAUUGAAAGGAGCUUUAUACGGCCUGUGCGCUGCUGGAUCCGGGGAGCUGGUUAAUUAUAUAUCUAAGAUGCCGUCCUCAUCUGAAAUAAUCCGAGCCAUGGACGAAAUCUCAGACGCUGUAUGUUCUGUAGUGGAUUCUGCUGAACUGUGCAGACAAACUCAUCCGGACAGGGAGUUCGUUGAUGAAGCCAACAAGGCGUCAAUGAGAAUUAAUGAGUAUCUACAUUAUCUCAAUACGAAUCAUACUCUUUAUAAUGCGGUAAAAAGAGCAGAGCACAAUGGUGAUUCAUUUACCAAGGAAGCUCAUAGAGCUGCCCAUUACCUCCGUGUGGACUUUGAGAAGGGUGGAAUUCAUCUCUGUAAUGAAAAAUUAGAUCGAGUGAAUCAGCUACAUAUAGAUAUUCUUCAGCUAUGCCGGGAGUUUGGUGAAAAUAUUAUUAUUGAUCCAGGUCAUGUGGAUAUCUUUCCUGCAUCACGGAUUCCAAGACAUAUACAAUAUCUCCUUAAGCCCAUUUAUCAAUCCACAUCUGGAGUGUCAUUGGAGUCACUAGGGUCACCAACUAAUGUGAAAGGAAAGGGAUUUCGUAUAAUAACUGAGCCCCAAACUGUAUCCUCAAUUCUCCAAUCAACACCAGAUGAUGAGGUAAGGAAAAUGGUCUAUGUGAAAGGAAACUCUGUCCCACAUGCAAACUUCAAAGUUCUUGACGAACUUAUAGCUGCCCGACAUGAGCUUGCUCAGAUAAUGGGGUAUAAAUCUUAUGCUGAAUUUGUAAUGAAGCCAAACAUGGCUUCCUCACCAGAGGUUGUGAUGCCGUUUUUGCUUGAGAUGAGCAGAAUGGUCAGACCAAAGGCUGAUGAGGAGAUCAAAAAAAUUAGAGAUUUGAAGAGGGAAAAAAGUUGUCAAAGGUAUGUAGAUUUGGAGCCAUGGGAUGAAACAUACUACACAGCAAUGAUGAAGUCUUCUGCUUGCAAUUUGGAUCCUUCGGUUGUAGCACCAUAUUUUCCUCUGCCUCAAUGUAUCAAGGGUUUGAAAGUCCUGGUGGAGUCAUUAUUUGGGGCAAGGUUUGAUAGUGUUCCACUGGCACGAGGUGAAACAUGGCAUCCAAGUGUGCUUAAAAUGUGUCUUCAUCAUCCCGAAGAGGGUGACUUGGGGUAUUUGUAUCUUGAUCUGUACUCAAGGAAAGGCAAAUAUCCAGGUUGUGCUAGUUUUGCAAUCAAAGGGGGACGCCGAAUUUCUGAAACAGAAUAUCAACUCCCUGUUGUUGCCCUUGUUUGCAAUUUUUCGGGCUCUCAUGAUACUUCAGCUGUGUGGCUUAAUCAUUGGGAAGUAGAAACUUUAUUUCAUGAGUUUGGACACGCUCUUCAUUCACUGCUUUCAAGAACAGAUUAUCAACAUUUUUCUGGAACCAGGGUUGCUCUUGACCUAGCUGAGACACCUUCAAAUCUCUUUGAGUACUAUGCAUGGGAUUACCGAGUCCUAAGGAGAUUUGCUAGACACCAUUCAACUGGAGAAGCAAUACCUGAGAAGUUGGUAGCAUCAAUUCAACAUGCAAGAGACAUGUUUCAAGCAACUGAACUGCAACGUCAGAUAUUUUAUGCUUUGAUUGACCAAACACUUUUUGGGGAGCAGCCACCUGUGACAAGAGGCACAAGUUCUAUUGUUGCAGAUCUAAAAAGACAACAUACCAGUGGGAAGCAUGUGGAAGGCACACAUCUGCAUAUCCGUUUCAGUCACCUCAUCAAUUAUGGUGCUGGUUAUUACAGCUACUUGUAUGCCAAGUGUUUUGCAGCAACCAUAUGGAAAAAGCUAUGCCAAGAUGAUCCACUAUCACUGACAACAGGUACUGCCCUAAGAACAAAAUUUUUGCAGCAUGGCGGAGCCAAAGAACCAGCAGAAUUGUUGAAUGAUCUGGUAGGGGAUGGGAUUCUAAGGUAUUCUAACGGAGGAAUAGUACCUGACAUCACAAGUUUUUUGGAUGAAGUACGGCUGGUAGAAGAAGAUAAGCGAAGUCGGCUACUUCGUAACUGACCAAAGGCCAUGUAACGAGCAAAUGCUUGUUACUAGUUAGGCCGAGGGUAUUCUGUAACGCUUUGCGGUUAGGUACUCGUUAUGAUAUCAAUUUUUGCCAGUGAAGUAGACGGCUACAGUUGUAUGAUAAAUGUGACUC